GGAAUAUUUAUCCAAUAGCAACGAAUGUUACGGAAUCUUUGGCUAUACGUCCUAUUAAUUAAUUUAGUAAUGUGCUUCGCGUGUCUCUCCAACGAAGUCUGUCCUGGAACUUCUUCUCUUGCUGCACAAUGAAGACCAAAGAAGACAUUCUCAAAUAUUUUGAUGAAGGAAUCCGAAAUGAACCGGAAAAUUCUACUGCUGUAGCAGCUGUGAAGACUUUACUUGAAAUCGUCAAAGGAAGUGAUGCCACCACAUUAACUGAACUGUUACGAAGUCUAGAAGAUGCAGAGAAAUACCUCGAUGUACGGGAUGAGAAUGGAAUAUCAGUGCGUUCUGCUUGUCAGUUAUACCUUCGCUUCAUUACAUUUACUUCAUUAGAAUUCCAGGAUUUCCAAGAAUGCCGUAGACGAUUAGUUGAGCGUGGAGAACUGUUCUUGGAGAAGGUGACCAAAUCUCGUGACAAGAUAAGCAAAUUGUGCAAACCUUUUCUUCGGGAUGGAAUGACUAUACUCACCCAUUCUCGGUCCCGUGUAGUGCUACAAGUCCUGAAGGAAGCAGCCCGCGACAAGAAGCGUUUCAAUGUGUUCGUCACAGAAUCAAGGCCAAACGAAAGCGGACGUGUUUUGUGCAAUGAGCUGAAGAAAGCAAACAUCCCUACUCUGUUAAUUCUAGAUGCUGCUGUGAGUUCUGUCAUGCCAGAUGUUGAUCUGGUUCUUGUUGGUGCUGAAAGUGUUGUAGAAAGUGGCGGAAUCAUCAACAGGAUUGGUACCUUCAACAUUGCUCUUGCUGCCAAAGCCUUCAACAAACCAGUUUAUGUCGUGGCCGAAUUCUUCAAGUUUGCUCGGUUCUUCCCCCUCACUCAAAAAGACCUCCCCAAGAAAUUUGAAUACAAAGCAUCCUUGGAAAAUGACACAGAUUUGAAACAUCCAGCAGUUGACUAUACUCCCCCCAAUUACAUGACACUGUUGUUCACAGAUCUUGGAAUCUUAUUACCAUCAGCCGUUAGUGACGAACUUAUUAAACUUUACAGCUAAACUAAAUUAAAAGUUUUAAAAAGAAAAGGACACCAAUAAAACUUAUUUUAAUAACA